AGAUGAAGAACAUGACCUUGAGAAGCUUCCUGUCGAUGAGAGGAAAAAGCUGACACCUGGCAGAGAAAUUAAAGAGGAACCUGAGACAGUUUCUUGGACAGCUUGUGAAUAUCAGAAAAUAUAUUUUGGAGGGUUAGAAGACUAAGGGAUAUGGUUGGUCACAUUUGCUGUCAUGGAAUUCAACCAGUCUUCUCUUGGAAACAGAAUCACACCCUGGCAAGAGAUCUUCGCUAAGCAUGAAAGGAGCUAUUAAAGGAUUCUUUGCUCCUCCUUCCCUGUGCCCAAUCUCUACCGGCCUCCUAUUCUGUGACGAUGGUUCAGUGGAGGAGACUUUGCCGGCAGCAUUACCUGUGGGCCCUGGGCUGCUAUACGCUGCUGGCCAUUGUUGCUCUGAAACUUUCUCUCAGAUUAAAAUGUGACUCCGACCACCUGGACCUGGAGUCCAGGGAAUUUCAAAGCCAGCACUGUAGGGAUAUCUUGUACAAGUCCCUGAAACUGCCAGCAAGGAGAUAUAUCAACUGUUCCGGGAUCACCCGAGGGGACCAGGAAGCAGUGCUUCAGGCUCUUCUGAGUAACCUGGAGGUCAAGAAGAAGCGGGAACCUUUCACAGAUGCAGACUACCUCCGGGUGACCGGAGACUGUGAGCGCUUUAAGGCCAAAAGGAAGUUCAUACAGUUCCCACUGAGCAAAGAAGAGUUGGACUUCCCUAUUGCAUACUCUAUGGUGGUUCACGAGAAGAUUGAAAACUUUGAAAGGCUGCUGCGAGCUGUGUAUGCCCCUCAGAACAUAUACUGCGUCCAUGUGGAUGAGAAGUCCCCAGACACUUUCAAAGAGGCAGUCAGGGCGAUUACUUCAUGCUUCCCAAAUGUCUUCAUUGCCAGUAAACUGGUCCCGGUGGUUUAUGCCUCCUGGUCCCGGGUGCAGGCUGACCUGAACUGCAUGGAGGACUUGCUCCAGAGCUCAGUGCCAUGGAAAUACUUCCUGAAUACAUGUGGGACAGACUUUCCUAUAAAGACCAAUGCUGAAAUGGUCCAGGCCCUCAAGAUGUUGAAUGGGAGGAACAGUAUGGAAUCAGAGAUCCCUACUGAGUACAAAAGACUGCGCUGGAAAUAUCACUAUGAGGUGAAAGACACAUUGUACAUAACCAGCAAGAAGAAGGACCCUCCCCCUAAUAAUUUAACCAUGUUCACGGGGAAUGCCUAUAUGGUGGCUUCCCGGGACUUUGUCCAACAUGUCUUAAAGAACCCCAAAUCCCAACAACUGAUUGAAUGGGUAAAAGACACCUACAGCCCCGAUGAACACCUCUGGGCCACCCUUCAGCGUGCACGAUGGAUGCCUGGCUCUGUUCCCUACCACGCCAAGUAUGACAUCUCAGACAUGACUUCCAUUGCCAGGCUAGUUAAAUGGGCGGUGUAUGAGGGAGACGUCAAUAAGGGGGCACCAUAUGCACCUUGCUCUGGAAUCCACCAGCGGGCUAUCUGUAUUUAUGGAGCUGGGGACCUGCAUUGGAUGCUUCAAAACCAUCACCUGUUGGCCAACAAGUUUGACCCAAAGGUAGAUGAUAAUGUUCUUCAGUGCUUAGAAGAGUACUUACGUUAUAAGGCCAUCUACGGGACUGAACUCUGAGACACACUGUGAGAGAAUUGCUACUUGUGGGGCAAGAGACUGUACAAACAUGCCCAGAACUUCCUGGGACACCGUGGGCUGGGAGACCAGGGCUUUGGAAUCCAUGACAUCCCCUAAGAUGGGGGCGCUGCUAUUGAGUGUAAGUAGAUCUGCUGCUGCGGGUGAUGGCGACUGUGCUCACACCCCAGCCCCAGGAGUUCCUGCACUGCCGUUCUCACAGAGAACGGGAGCCGCUGUUAUUUGGGACAGUAAGGGAGGGAUGCGUGGCAGAGGACCCUGGGUUUCAGAUGAAUGCCUAGUGGCAAUUUUUCUGCUCUGUGGAGAGCCUGUUCAUAAUAAUUCUAGGCUUGGCAGUGUGGAGGGGGACUUUGAUGGAAAGGGAGGCUUCCCUUUUGUUCUGUUAACUAAAAAAUAAACAGCUCCUGAUUCAAAGU